AAACUUUAUAUUAAAAUACUUAAUCGUAGUUAACUUUUGCAACUUUUGAUUUGCAUUUCGGAAGCCAUUGGACUCUUUUGUGAUUGUGGCUUAAACCGAGUUCUCCGCAUAUAAAGAAGGUACAGAAAAAUACAAUUUUUCAAAAUUAUAAUUACAAAUCAUAAACUGUUCAUAUACAAUUUACAUCACAUUAUGUCAAUUGCAAAGAAUAUCAUCGUCUUUGGUGCUCAUGGUAAGAUUGGUCAACACUUUGUUACCUUAGCUUCUAAGGCUCAUAAAUUAUCAACUGUGGUUAGAAAUCAAGAUCAAGCCAAUCAACUUUCCAAGAUUGCUUCAAAUGCCAGUAAUGUUAAAUCGUUAGAAUUAACCAUUGAUGGCGCUUCAGUGGAAGAUAUUUCCCAAGCAAUCAAAGGUCAUGAUGUUGUUGUGUUCACUGCUGGGUCUGCUGGAAAGAACUUAUUACAAGUUGAUUUAGAUGGAGCUGUAAAGACAUUUGAAGCCACUGUUUUGGCUAAAGUGAGAAGAUUCAUUAUCAUUAGUGCAAUUCAUGCUGAUAAUAGAGAAGUGUUUAGUCAAAGUCAAAUCAGAAAUUAUUACAUUGCCAAGCAUUAUGCCGAUAGAAUCCUUAUUGAUGAAUUUAAGGAAUCAUUAGACUUUACUAUCUUAAAACCAACUCAUUUGAGUGAUGAAGAACCUACUGGGAAAAUUCAUAUCAUUAGAGAUGUAAAAGAACGAAAUGGGGUUGUGGCAAGAGCAGAUGUCGCUAAGGUUAUCUUAGAUAUUCUUGAUUUGAAGAAUACAUUCGGUAAAAGUUAUAACUUCUCUAAUGGAGAAUCUUCAAUAUCUGAUUCAAAGACUUACGAUUAAACUAGGAUCUAAAUAACGAAUAUUCUUUUUUAUUUUAUUAAACCAACAAAAAUUUUUUAUAAAACUCU